AUGGCGAGCCAAGAAUCCAAGUCUGUCAGCAGCAGCGGUCCUACGCAAUGCGUCGGCCCAUUGUACCGCUCAGAGAGUCAAAAGCCCACGGCAACCGUCUCCACCGAGAUCAACUCGGACAACGUUAUUAUCCUGCCCCAGACGCCUCAGCUCAUUGCCCUCCUCACCAUUAUUCGAGACAGGAACACUGAGCGUGGUGACUUCAUCUUUUACUCCAAUCGCAUCAUUCGCCUGCUUGUCGAAGAGGGGCUGAAUCACUUACCCACUGUUGAGCAUGAUGUGACAACGCCCAUUGGUCGCACCUACUCCGGCCUCAUGUUCCAGGGCAAGAUAUGCGGCGUGUCCAUCAUGCGCGCCGGCGAGGCUAUGGAGCAAGGUUUGCGGGACUGCUGCCGCUCUGUGAGAAUCGGCAAGAUCCUGAUCCAGCGGGACGAGGAGACGGCUCAGCCCAAACUCUUCUACGACAAGCUGCCAGAGGACAUUGCCCAGCGCUGGGUGCUUCUCUUGGAUCCUAUGUUCGCCACUGGUGGUUCGGCCAUCAUGGCCGUGCAGGUCCUCAAGGCCCGGGGUGUUCCCGAGGAUCGCAUUUUGUUCCUGAACCUCAUCGCGAGCCCCGAGGGUAUCCAGAACUUCACCGCCAAGUUCCCCAAGCUCAGGGUUGUCACGGCAUUUGUUGACCAGGGUUUGGAUGAGAAGAAGUGA